UGUGACAGUUUUUCUUUCAUGCUGACUCAUCCAAUAAGUGGAAUGUAGAUGAUACAUAACCAGAUCAAUUAUUCUAGAUACAAUUGUAACAAUUUCGUGUUCAGUUGAUCAUCCUCUCAAAAAGCCAUGGUGUAUCUCCACUUUCCAUCCCAAUUCACUGAGGAGGAGCAAAUGUUGCAAGCUAAGUAUCAAAAGCUCAAGAGAAAGAAGAAAGCAUUGCAAACCUUGAAGGCACCCAAACCAGAGCCUGAGAAAACAGCAACCCUCAAGAGACCAACUGAGGCCAAAGAAGCAAAGGAAAUUGCCAAGAAGCUCCUGAAGUCUGGUGCUAUUCAUGCCAUUAAGAAGCCUGAAAACAAAGGAGAGAAGACAACUUUCAAGCGGUCACGUGGACUUGAGCGUAGAUUGUCUGGCAGUGAGAGGGCUUUGACACCUUUGCACACUCCAUCAGCCCUAAGUCCUCCUCCAGAGAAGCCAUCUCCCUUGCAUGACAAGCCCAGGGAGCCCAGGGAGCCCAAGCCUAAAGUCAAAAACUUGUAUGACACAUUUGUGGCAGCAAGAGAUAGGGAAGAAAGAGGUCUUGUGGAUGCAGGAGAAUAUGCAAAACGAGAGAGAAGAUCUGGGAAUACAAUUUAUGUCUUUGGUUACAACAUCACUGAGGAAUUGCUCAAAAGGGCCUUCCAACCAUUUGGCAACAUUAUCAAUAUCUCAAUGGAGAUUGAGAAGAACUGUGGAUUUAUUACAUUUGACAAGACUGAGUGUACAGACCGUGCCAUAAGCAGCAUGAAUGGAAGCAUGGUUUCUGGAGUCCAAUUGAAAGUGUCUCUUGCAAGAAGGCAGCCCAUCAUAGAGCCCAUCAAUGAUGCAUCCUCAUCUGCCACUUGGUCCACCAUUGCAGCAAGCCAUUCACAGAAAGGAUCUCAUAAAGACAAGCGUGGCCUCAUCUCCUAUGAUGAAGAUAUCUUCUAGAUGUGUAGCUCUUUUGUGAAAAGUCUAUGAUGAUCAUUACUACAAUGACUACAAAUUGCAGUUUGCAG